AUGUCAGCGCCGUCAGAACCUCGCUCGCGCGAGCAAGCAAAGCAAUGGAAGAAAGAACGCAAGAUGCAGGCCGCGACCAAGGCAGAAAAUACGGACGCAUCGGAUGUUGCGCCGCCACGGAAAGGAGGUGGGCGUGAAAAGCCAUCGCAAGUCCCGCCAACUGUCCAGCUGUCCAAGACACUCGCAUAUAUCCUGCGCCAUGGCGCACAGAAAGAACAACUGCAAGUUCGUCCUGACGGCUUUGUGCGUGUGGAUGCGAUUCUAGCGCGACCCAAAAUAGCCAAGAUCGAGAUGGAAGAGGGCCGUGCACCCACGUUCCAAGAUAUCGAGACCAUCGUUGCGACGAACGACAAGAAGCGCUUUGAGCUUGCCAGGGGCACCUUGUCAGAACCAAGCAAAGCCGAGUCGAGUGAUGCAUCAAGUGGCGAAGAUGUCAUGUGGAUCCGAGCAGUUCAAGGACACUCAUUGGAAAGCAUCCACGACUUGUCUCAUCAAAACCUGGAUUCUGACAAUGUCGCUUCGCUUCUGCCUCUAGUGGACGAGGAUGGCGCGCGCAUGGCGAUCCACGGAACAAAUACCGAUGCAUGGGAGCAGAUUCUUGCGACGAAGGGGCUCCGUCGCAUGGGCAGAAAUCAUAUUCACCUAGCCAAGGGCCUCCCAGGCUCAUCAGGCACCAUAAGUGGUACGUCUUAA